AUCACCACGACUACCGACCUAAACACGUGUGGACCACAUCGUGUAAUUUCUCGUCAACAAAGCAAGAGCAGCAAAGCAACCAGUGAAAAAGAGCAGCGAUGGCGGACAAGCAAAAACCCCACGAAGACGUCCUUACGCGACUCGUGCACGACUUGGAAACGAAGACGACUUUGUGCCACGUCAAGGACUAUCCUGGAGUGGGGCUGAAGCAGUUAAAUCAUCACGCGAAGAAGCUCGGUCCACUGGUGAACCCCGUUUUUGGCGAGCAGCCGGCGUUCUUCAUCGACGAAGGCCGCUUCUGUCCCUAUCGAAUCGUCGUGUAUGGCAAUGAGAAGGUGGCGGCCAAGAUCGCAGAGCUCCUCGGAAAUUGGGCAAAGUGGUCUGGAGUAGGAGGCAGAGUGACAACCUCGCAAGGGGCGUUCAUUCUGGAGCAGCGUCCCCCAAAGCCCAACGUGAGAAUGCCCGACGUGGCAUACACACCGCGAGAUGAUGACAGGAAUUUGACUCGUGAGCAGAUGUGGACGUAUCGUGGUGAUCCCUAUGCCCCCAUCUUUGUUAUUGAGAUUGAUGAGCUCUCUGGUCGAGGCUCUAAACUCAGCGCUCUUGAUCGAAAGAUGCGAAAUGAUUAUUUCAAGCACGGCGUCCAGUUGGGUUGGCUGAUCGACCCACGCCCAGACGUUCAGCUGAUGUAUGAGUACUAUCUCGACGACGAUGGAGGCGUACAACGCUCUAACAACAGUGCGUGGAGAGAUCUUGACGGUGGUGAUGUGCUUCCUGGUUUCAAGAUACGCGCACCUGUGUUGGAAAUGGUCUUGAACCAGGAUUCGGGUUCGUCGUCAGAAGAUGAAGUUGAUCUGCUGUGUCCCGCUCCACGAUGCAACAAGCGAUUCCGAUCGUAUGGUGCAUGCGCUGCUCAUGUCGAAUGGCACCGUAAGGAGAGAUCUAUCUCGAAGUACUUAGCCAAGCGUGAGAACUCAUAG